UGCAGAAAUGUGAAACUGUGGUGAGUCAAGAAAUAUCUGGUGGUAUUCAAACGGGACACCAUUCCCUUUCGGGAUUUGUGUGUCCAUUUGCGUACCACUGUUUGAAGAUCGACGUUAUGUGUUAACCAUUUCACUUCAUUCCACCAGAUUACGACACACGUCUAAGUCACAUACGCAAUGGCCGAACCCAUUCCCUCUGCUGCCACAGCCGGCGAGGCUGGCGACGAUGAAACUCAGAACCUGCCUGCGAAUGCCGAAGACCGCAAGGCCGCGGCGGCUCUCAACGCCUUGAACGCAAACGAGAUGUCCCAGGAGAACGGAGAGACUACCAACAAACAACACUCCGCCGCCGACCAGGAAGCGUUGGGGAAGGCAAUGUCGAGACUCGAGAUCGCGAGCGGUGUCACUAAGAAGAAGGAGGAUACUAAAAAGGCGGAGAGCAAGAAAGAGGUAGAAACGAAAAAGAAGGUCAAGGUUGCCGCUGAGGACGUCGGAUUUCUGGUUGAGGAACUCGAUUUGUCCAAGACAAAGGCUACCGAUCUACUGCGGUCGCAUGACGGCAAUGCUAUUCUGGCCGUGAAAGCGUUCAUUGCACCACCAACACGAGCAUGAGGUUUCGAAAACCGGAUUUUCACGAGCAAUGAGCGUACAUGGUGACAGUCUACCGACAAAAUCUGUGAAUGGGCUUCUUCCAAUGCGAGGUCACCCCGAGGAGCCCUCGGAUCACGUAUCGAGCGUCAACGAGUCGAGAAAUGAGACAUGGCAAUGUCCGAUAGCUCCAAGGAGCUCAGAGGCAAGAGUCCGACUCG